UUUCUUCUGCUAAAAACUGCUAUAUCAUAUGGUGUUGAGGAAAAACAUGAAAAAAAUAACUCAGUCGAAUUGUUGAAUCGUGAUACUGGAGAAAUGAUUCCUGACAAUAUUGUUAAGUUAUCUGAAAUUUUUGACGAUAUCAAAGAUGAAAAUGACUUUUUUCCAGAUUCAGGUCUUCUUUUAUUCGAUGAGGAUACCAGUUUUGUAUCAUUGUCUGCUACCUUACUGUUAUAUUUUAAAGAAAAUAUUCUAGAUCGUCAAGAAUGUUCUGAUGAUGCAGAAUGGUUCAAUAAGUUGUUUCAAUUUUUUAAUUAUAUUGUUAAACGACGAGUCGAUCGGGUAAACGAAUGGUAUCAACAAAACACAGAAAAAUUUUCACCUGAUAACAUUGAUAUAAAAGAUGGAAAAUAUGUUUUAGAUCAGGCUAUAAAUCAACUUUCAUUGUUUUGGACAUUAUGUGGACUUUCUUGUCAAAAAUGCAAUUUGAAAUGUUUAAAACACCGACACCACGAAGAAGCACAUGAUUGUUUAACCGAUCACAAAUGCCAUGCAAAAUGUGAAUUUGAAGAAUCUCAUCCAAACAGAUUGUUUCCACAAUGUCAUCACAGAGCUGGCCAUGAUGGAAAACAUGCGUGCGAAGCAAAACUAUGUAUUUUCAGCGACAAACGUAAUUGUCAGCAAAAGUGUGCACUGGAGAUUGGUCACGAUAAUGAUAAACAUCUAUGCCAAUCAAAACGUCAUUUCUGUGGGGCUCCAUGCUCCUUACAAGUUAAAUUAGAACUAACAGGAAAAGAUAAUUACUUUAAAUGUUCUAACAAAUGUAUUGUUCCAUGUGAAGAUGAACAUGAAAGGCAUAAAUGUGAGAAUGAUGCAGUAUGUCCGAUCCAAUGCCCAAUUCCCCAUUGUCAACGUAGAUGUCAAAGCAAUGAUCAUUUUCAUGCUUUUGAAGAUAAUCUAUGUGAAGAAGCAGGAAUCUGCAAAGUUUCAACAGAACCUAAAAAACAAGAGGAAACAUAUCAAGGAUUAGUAGCAGAAACUUCUUUCACUUUUACCAAAUAUAUCCAAUCAUGUGAAAGAUAUAAAUGUGGAAAAAUGAUCCCAGCCGGUGCUUUUAAGCAUGAAGGAAAACAUUCUCAUGGAGGAAAUAAUUUUCACUAUUGUGAUGCUAAAUGUCCAUUCUGCGAAUAUUAUUGUAUUUUACCGUAUGGACAUCCACAACCAUUACACGACACUAAGCACGGAAAUAUGAUACAAACUGAGUUUACCGCAGAAGAAACUGAUUUUAAAUAUGGAGAUUAUAAUUUAAAAACAGGCGAUCAAGGAACAUUUGUGCUUUGUAAUUUGUGUUGUAAAGAAUACGGGCGUCAUCGUCACAUUGAUUAUUGUAAAGAUGAAUCUUCAUGCACUCCUAAUGCUCAUAAACAACACAUUGUUGGCGUCGUUCACCCUAAUCCAGAAAAAAAGAAGGAUUUCAUUUCUCAUUCACUUUAUUGGCAAUAUACGGGCUUUAAAGAUCCUUAUUCAAUUAAUGAACAAGAAGAAUUUUCAAAGUGCGAUGCUGAAUGUCCAGAUGAAAUACAUCAGAAAGUGAAAGGGUCUAAUGUAGCACCUAUAAAAUCAUUCUGUGAAUUACAAUUAUUUCAUCCUCCUAUUAAUCCGUCUAAUGUCCCACCAAGUGGUAUUGGUUAUGUUUCACUCGAUGGACAUCACUUUACAUGUGAAAAUCCUUCAACAAGGGAAGGAUUAUUUCAUAUUAUUUUUGUCAUAGAUAGAUCUGGUUCUAUGAGUGCUAAUGAUAAAAAGCCAUUACCAAACACACCUGUUUAUAAUCAAGUACGAGCUCAUAAUAAUAGGGCAGGUGCUGUUUACAGUGCAGUUUAUGCUUUUAUGGAAGCAAGGAUUGCAGCAAAAUCACAGCAGCAAGCUACAAAUAAGGAUAAAAUUUCAUUGAUAUCAAUCUAA